UGCGGCUGUGUGCGGCUGCGCUCGGGCUCCACUCCUGCAGCUGCUGAUAAUAGCAGAGCCAUCAUGUUGGAGCGCAGUGUCAGUGCUGCCGCGAACCGCAGUCACCAAUCGUGCACUAUGGGGAAGUCGAGACACCACCAACAACAACAUUAGCAGGCAUUUCUUAUCAACAGUGAAAAUGCAUUUCUUACUUGCAUUGGAAAUUCAAUUAUGAAAGAAACCUGACAGCCAGAGCUUCAGGAAACUUUUCUACUUGGUACAGCAUGGCAGGUUUCAAAAGAGGAUAUGAUGGGAAGAUAGCUGGACUUUAUGACCUGGAUAAAACCUUGGGUCGGGGACACUUUGCUGUUGUCAAACUUGCUCGCCAUGUCUUCACUGGUGAAAAGGUAGCUGUUAAGGUCAUCGACAAGACCAAACUAGACUCUCUGGCCACAGGGCAUCUUUUCCAAGAAGUUAGAUGCAUGAAACUGGUGCAACACCCCAAUAUAGUUCGCUUGUAUGAAGUCAUUGAUACACAGACCAAAUUGUAUUUAAUCUUGGAACUUGGUGAUGGAGGUGAUAUGUAUGAUUACAUAAUGAAGCAUGAAGAAGGUCUCAGCGAGGAUUUGGCCAAAAAAUACUUUGCUCAGAUCGUUCAUGCAAUAUCUUACUGCCAUAAAUUGCAUGUUGUGCAUAGAGAUCUGAAACCAGAGAAUGUGGUCUUCUUUGAAAAGCAGGGUCUUGUGAAAUUGACAGAUUUUGGCUUUAGCAACAAGUUCCAGCCUGGGAAAAAGCUAACAACAAGCUGUGGAUCGCUUGCUUAUUCUGCACCAGAGAUACUGCUUGGAGAUGAGUACGAUGCUCCCGCAGUAGAUAUUUGGAGCCUUGGCGUUAUCCUCUUCAUGUUGGUUUGCGGUACUCCCCCAUUCCAAGAGGCAAAUGAUAGCGAAACACUGACUAUGAUCAUGGAUUGUAAAUACACUGUCCCCAAGCAUGUAUCCAAAGAGUGCAAGGAUUUAAUAACUCGCAUGCUACAGAGAGAUCCUAAGCGAAGAGCAUCCCUUGAAGAAAUUGAAAAUCAUGCAUGGCUCCAGGGAGUUGACCCAUCACCUGCUACAAAGUAUAACAUCCCUCUUGUGUCCUACAAAAACCUCUCGGAAGAGGAACACAAUAGCAUCAUACAGCGCAUGGUCCUCGGUGACAUAGCAGACAGAGAUGCCAUUGUAGAUGCCUUGGAAACCAACAAAUACAACCACAUCACCGCUACAUAUUUCCUGUUGGCUGAGAGAAUACUGCGAGAGAAACAAGAGAAAGAAAUCCAAGCGAGGUCGGCCAGUCCCAGUAACAUAAAGGCCCAAUUUAGGCAAUCAUGGCCAACGAAGAUUGAUGUUCCUCAAGACCUAGAUGAUGACUUGACAGCUUCACCAAUAGCUCAUGUAGCUGUUCCGUCUCCUGCUCGUAGUGCAGAGAAUGUACUGAAUGGCCACAGAAAUAAAGGUUUGGUAGAUCCAUUGAAGAAAGAGGAUGUUCCUGAUUUUGCUGGCCCAGCUGUUUCGGGGCUUCCUCCAGUUAAUCUAAACCCAACAGCUAGUGGAAGAAAAUGUCUCUUCAGGGUUGAGGAAGAUGAAGAGGAAGACGAAGAAGAAAAGAAACCACUCCCUUUGUCUACUCAAGUUGUCUUAAGACGUAAACCCUCUGUUACAAAUCGCCUCACUUCUAGGAAGAGUGCUCCUGUGCUCAACCAAAUCUUUGAGGAAGGGGAGUCUGAUGAUGAGUUUGAUAUGGACGAGAAUCUUCCACCGAAGUUAAGUCGGUUAAAAAUGAACAUAGCAUCUCCUGGGACAGUGCACAAACGAUAUCAUAGACGGAAAAGUCAAGGUCGAGGUUCCAGUUGCAGUAGUUCAGAAACUAGUGACGAUGACUCUGAAAGCCGAAGACGUCUGGAUAAAGAUAGUGGAUUUACAUAUUCCUGGCAUAGACGGGAUAGCAGUGAAGGUCCACCUGGCAACCAAGGUGAUGGUGGAGGUCAAAGUAAACCAAGUAAUGGAAAUACUGGCGUUGACAAAACAAGUCCCAGUGAUAACAAGGGAGGUGGUAGCCCAUCUAACACAUCUGGUGGCAACUCAAACAACACAUCUGGAAAUACCCGUAACUGUGCUGGUUCUGGAAACUCUGUGCAGCAAUCACCAAGAAGUGCAGGUGAAUUGGUAGAAAGUCUAAAACUAAUGAGUUUGUGCUUGGGUACCCAGCUGCAUAAUGGAGCAAAGUAUAUAAUAGACUCCCAGAAUAACCUAUCAUUUUCAAGCGUCAAAGUGCAGGAGAAAUCAAGUUGGAAAAUGUGUAUAAGCUCGAAUGGAGGUGCCAGUAAAGCUACACCCACAGGCAGCUUAAAAUUAUUUUCUGACCACAUGUCAGACACCACUAAUGAACUCGAACUCCUAAAGAACAAGAACUUUAAAAAUAAUGUAUUACAGCUACCUCUUUGUGAAAAAACGAUAUCUGUGAAUAUCCAGCGGAAUCCUAAGGAGGGACUUUUAUGUACCGCAAGCCAAACCAGUUGUUGUCAUGUUAUUUAAUAAUGGCUUAAUGUACAGAGCAUUUUGACUGCAUUCUUCAUGCUUAUGGCUGUGAACUUUUUUCUGAAUUCCAUUUUGUUGUCUUAACGUUUUUUUUUUUUUUUAAAUUGUUAUUAUAGUGGGCUGUAUUGUAAUUGUAUCUUAGCUAUUAUUUAUUGCUUUUUUUUUUUUUUUUGCGUGUUGCCAGAUUGGUCAGCAGGGCAUUCUAUUUGUGCAUGCUGCUGACGCCUUUUUUUUUUUUUUUUUUUUUGCUGAUUUUGUGGUGUAAAUUUUAUGUUUUAAUAAUCUGGAUUCACGUUGAGUGUAACCUUGACCAUACUGUGUGAGGAGCACUUUGAAGUUUCUUAUUCAGCACUUAAGCUAAGAAUUCCUUUUGGUUUUCUUAUGUUAAUUCCAAUCCUAAUGUCUGUGAUUGUGACAUACUUGGGUAUGUCUGCGAAAGAACCAAAGCAAUAAUCUUUUUAUGUUUAAAAACUCCCUUGGAGGGAAGGGUGGGGGGUGGGGCGGGAGGCUUUCAGAAAUUCCACAGCUUGCACAAAGCAAGAUGCACUGAGAUACAGUGUUCCAUUUUUUUUUUUCUGUCCAGUACCUGUCUAAAAAAGUGGAACCGGUUUACAGCUGCCCAAGUUAUUAAAGCAAACUAUACUCUACUGUAA